AAAUUAAAAUAUCCAAAAAAAACUUAUCUUUUUUUUUUUACAAGUUUUCAAUGUGUUUAGAUUCUCCUUUUCCCCUUAGUGUAGCCUAUAUAAGAUGCAAAUAAACUUCAAAUUUAAACAAGUUAGCGAUCUUACCUUGAUUGAUAGUUUUUAGCGAUCAUAAAUGGAUAGGGUGAAAGACUUGGCGUCCAAGAAUGCUGUAGUUAUUUUCACGAAAAGCUCGUGUUGUAUGUGUCAUAGUAUCAAAGCGUUGUUUUAUGAUCUUGGUGCAAGUCCUGCGAUUCAUGAAGUUGAUCACGAUGCAGAUAUGGAGUGGGCCCUACGGAGGCUUGGUUGUAAUCCGUCAAUCCCUGCAGUGUUUGUAGGCGGUAAAUAUAUGGGUUCAGCAAGAGAUGUUAUUUCUCUUCAUGUUGACGGGUCUUUGAAACAAAAGCUCAUUGAAGCACGAGCUAUAUGGUUCUAGAACAUGUGUAACAUGUGUGCUCAAUAAGUGCUUUUACUAGGUUUAAUGUUGUGUUAGAAUACUGAAGACGAAGUCUAUGAGCCUUUCUUUUUUGUCGGCUUCGUUGACUAUAUUGUAUUAGAGUCAAACUCCAAAUGAGUUUAUUUUCGAUUUCGUUUUCUAUAUACAAAACAUCGGUUGUCUUA